GAGUACAUGUGUGUCCGUGUGGGCUUUUGGUCUGCGUUCAGGAACGACGCGAUGAAGGUGAAAUGGACCAAACUGGGCAUGGUGGUCUUCUUCCUGCUGUCUGUCGUCAUGACGACCUGCUUCAUCUGGCAAUACAGGAUGCCCAAGUUGGAGAUGGGUGUCCUGCGGAAGGAGACGAUCUGCCCCCGGUUCCCCGAACCCGUGCCCCUGACGCACCCCAUCCCCGUGCUUAAACAGGCCCUUGAACAGGUCGAUGCCCUCUUCAGGUCAAAGGUCAACCAAAUCAGCCUACCUGCGAUAUCGGCCAUUGUGAUCUUAAACGACUCGGUUCUCUGGAACGGGAACUUUGGCAAGCGGAACGGGAGCGACCCCAACUCUCCACCCCCCUCUGAAUACACCAUGUACAGGAUCGCCAGCCUCUCCAAGAUCUUCCCCACCCUGAUGCUCUACAAGCUGUGGGAGGACGGCGGGGUGGACUCCCUGGACGACCCCAUCGAGAAGUACGUCGACAACUUCACCAUCAAGAACCCGCUGGGGAGAGGCGGCGGUCCAGGACAAGCCUCCCCUCGGGCCCGCCUCCCAUCAAUCACCCUGCGCAGGAUGGCCAGCCAGCUCUCAGGAUUACCCAGGCGAUUACGGGAGACUAAUCUCCUCUGGAGUGGAGACACGCAGGCAGCUCUUGAACUGUUAAAGGACGAUAUCCUGGUGGCAGAUCCUGGCACUAAAUGUCACUACAGCAACGUGGCAUUCUCCCUGCUCGCCAAGGUCCUGGCCCAGAGGGUGGCGGGCGUGGACUUCGAGGAAUGGGUGAGCGUCAACAUCCUGCAGCGGCUGGGCCUGGACGACACGGGCUUCGACAUCACCCCGGACGUCCGGGCCCAGAUGGCGGUGGGGGUCUACGCCAGCGGCCAGCCCGCGCCCCUCUACGACCUGGGCUGGUACCGGCCCGCGGGCCAGAUGUACUCCACUGCGGCCGACAUGGCCAAGCUGAGCAUGGUGCUCCUGGGCGGGUACAGCCGGCGCCUGCUCCGGGACGACACCCUGAAGACCAUGCUGACGCCCGCCUUCCGCUGCCACGCGGGCUACUUCGCCAACGCCACCGCCACGCCCUGGGAGGUCAACGAGCUGCGGGGCUACGACGUGCUGCGCAAGGACGGCGAUCUGGACGGCUAUGCCGCCACGCUCUCCCUGGUGCCGCGCCUCAACCUGGGCCUGCUGGUGCUGAUGGCCGGCGUGCGGCCGCAGACGGGCCCCGACCUGGUCACAGAGGUCUACCGCCGCCUGCUGCCCGCCAUCGAGACCGCCUUCAGGGGCGCCGCGCGCACGCUGGCCGCCCCGCCCAGCUCCGACCCGUACGUGGGCAUCUUCACGUACCGGAACAUGACGUUUUACGAGAUCAAGGCCGACCCGGACGGGGUGCUGGUCAUGCAGCAGUUCGGGCCGCAGAUGGACCCGUCAGUGCCGGCCAAGUACCGCACCAUCCGUCUGGACUACCUGGAGGACCGGGUGUUCCGGGUGGUGUUUGAGCAGGAGUACCCCUGUAAGCUGAAGGUGAACAGCGCGUCCGUUUCUCUGGAGGCCCAGGACAGACAGCUGUUCAACUUCUAUCCCUUCGGCAAGAAGGGCGUGUCGCCUGGGUUCGACUCCCCGGGACUGAACACGUACAGAGUGAUCAGGAUAGCCCACAGGCCCUAUUUCCCUUCGUAGAAGAAGCACACCAUGGCCACCUUUAUAUCGUUGUAUCACACCUUUGUAUGUUACGGGAACUAUUAAUCUGUGCAUUUGCUCAUAUUUAUCAGCAUUAUUACGUUUGUUAGGCCUAGUACUGCGAAGUGCCUACCAUGUACCAUUGAAGGAGACAAAAACUGUGUGAAAGAAUAAAACAUGGGUUGA